UACAACCCAUCAAUUUCAACCAAAAUUUCUUACAAAAAAAUAUAAAUAAAAAUAUAAACCAUUUCAAUUAGUCAAUACCAUCAAUGAAAUUAUUCAAGCAAAACCAUUCCUUUCAGAAGUAUGAGCACCAAGAGAGUAUGAGCAAAUCAAACUAUGCUAACUAUGCAUGGACCAAUAAGCCCAAUUAUCCAAGCUAUGAUGGUCAAGGUCCAGAUUAUUUAUUGGGCUAUCCUAAAAGUUGUAGCAAUUCUGGGGCCCACAAGUCCAUCAACUACUAUGCCCAUGCCCAACAGGCUGUCCCAAGCCCAUCAAUACAUGUGAAACAAGGCCAUCACUUGGUUGAGAAAAUGAAGAGGCAAGAGAGUCAUGAGGGCCAAGAAUGGGCUAGCAACUCUCUUGAUUGCUCCAAUUCAAGUCUAGUAGACCAUUCUAAGGUCAUGGGCCAAGAAUUGGAGCAUGGUUGGGCUAAUAAGUCCAUUUCUAAAUCUAGCCCAAGCCCUACACAAGCUCACCACUUUAGCCAAUCCAAGUUCAAACAAGAAGAAGAGGCUUACAAUUUUGGUGAAGGGGGUGUUGAAAGUGGCUAUGCUACUAAGCUCGACACGUCUUCUAGCCAAAAUUACCACAACAAAGUCGAUACUAAACAAUCAAGCCUUAUACAACACAAAGAAGGGCAUAUGAUGGGGAAAAUGGAUCAUAAUUGGGAAAAAUCUAGCCCGACCCAUGCUCAACACUCAAGCCUUGGGAUGCACGAUGGGAGUAUGACAGGUAAAACAAACAUUAUGUUAGCUAACUCUGCUAAAACAAAAUUUGGCUCAGCUAAAACUCAUCAAUUAGGCCUCUCAGUGCACACGAAUGGGCAUAUCAUUGAGAAUGGUGAGCAUGAAUUGUCAUAUUCACCUAAAAAAUUCUCCAAUUCAAGCCAAGCCUAUCAUGGAGACAUGGGGAUGCAUGUAUAUGAAGAGGAGGAUAUGACGGGGAAUAUGGAUCAUGGUAUGGCUUAUUCACAAACCAAAUUCCCUAGCUCAGCCCAAACCCAUUACUCAAAUUCCAGCUCGACCCAAGCUCAACAGGCCAAUAUGACAAUGCAAAAAGAGGGUCAUUUGUUAGGGAAAGAGGAUCAUAGUUGGGGCUACUCACCAACUAAGCUAUCUAGCCCAACCCAUUACUCAAGCUCUAGCUCAACCCAAGCUCAACAUGCCAACAUGGCAAUGCAGAAUGAGGGUUAUAGGUUAGGGAAAGAGGAUCAUAGUUGGGGCUACUCACCAACUAAGCUUUCUAGCCCAACCCAAAUUCAUCACUCGAGCCACACUAUGAAAAAAGAGGGGUACAACCACAAGUUAGGGAAUGUGAAUCAGGGUAUUCAUCACUCGGGACACACUAUGCAAAAAGAGGGGCACAUGAUAGGAAAUCUGAAUCAGGGUAUUCAUCACUCGGGCCCCACUAUGCAAAAAGAGGGACACAUAAUAGGGAAUGUUAAUCAGGGUAUUCAUCACUCGGGCUACACAAUGAAAAAAGAGGGACUCAUGAAAGGGAAUAUGAAUCAGGGUAUUCAUCACUUGGGUUACAAUAUGCAAAAUGAGGGGCACGUGAUAAACAAUAUGAAUCAGGGUACUUAUCACUCGGGCCACAUGUUAGGGAAUAUGAAUCAUGGUUGGGCGAAUUCCAAUUCUCCCACCAAAUACUCUAGCCCAAAUAAUUUCACUAGCUCGAACAAUUCCACGCAUGGAGCACUUGAACAACAUGAAUGGCAAAGAAAGUCCAAUAAUGGAAUGGGGUUAAACCACGUGAGCAAUCAUUCAUCCCAUGCAUCAUAUAAUGACUAUGAUGAGCAUUGUGAUGAGGAUGUUGAUGAUAUUAUGGAUGAAAUUCUGACCAAGUACCCAGCCCAUAAUGUUAGUGGUGCACAAGGAAGUAAUUGGGCCAUGAAACCCAAGUCAAUGGGAAGCCAAAACAUGGGUGGGGCCUAUAGUACUAAACAACAAAAACAAAUGUUUGGUAGCCAAGCCAUGGCUAGCUCAAGUUCAAGCUCAAGCUCAAGUUCAAACUUCCAAACAAGCAAACACAUGAGUGCAGGAUUCACAUCUAAUGUUAUGAAGAAACAGUAUUCAGCAAGUUCUAGCUCAAACAAGUUUGAGGCAAAGAGCAUGAUAAACAAUGGAGGAUUAUAUGACUAUUGAUCCAACAUAUAUAUUCAAUAGGUGACAAUUAUGGAGUUACAAAUUAAGACAUCAACUUCAUUUAACAACAUUAUGAAAGUUUAUUUAAAUGUUAUAGUAAGAAUUAAUAAAGUGUUGGGCAAUUCUUCAUCUUGCUUUUUUAAUUUUAUAUAUGUUUAUCUGAUUUUGUAAUAAAUUUAAAAAUUAGCUAUGACCAAUAUUUACUUUAUCUUGUAUUAAAAAAUCGUAAAAUAAUUGAACUUAAUUUGUCGUGUA